AUGGAGGAAAAGCCUCUCAAAGCGAGGACCAAGUCUUUGAGUCCCAAUGACUCAGUCAAGUCAAGCUCGAAAAGUGACAUCCGGAAUCUGUGGACCAAGGCCACGCUGUCGCAGCCCAAGCUGAAUGUGCUGACGAACGUCUGUGAUGACUCUGACCAGGAGGACAGCAGCUCCAGGAGCAAGUCUGGCCAGUGGUACAGACGGAAGACCUGCCCUGAGAGAGCCUGGGAAAAACGGGAUGACAGAAAGAAAGGCAGCAUCACGCAGGGGGAACUCGAUGGCCACGCCUUGGAGCAGGAGCAGAGCCCCAGCAGCUUCCAGAAAAACCAUGUAGAAGGGGUCCAGGAUUCUGGGGAAUUGGACUCCUCGGUGUCAUCAGUCAAUGUCUUGAAGCACACGCACCACCGAGCCUACUGGGCAGAGCAGCAGGACAGGCUGCCACUGCCCCUGAUGGAACUCAUGGUGAACGAAGCUCUGGAAAUCCUCACCAAAGCCCGCCGGAGCUACCGCUCGGCCUUCGGCAAGGAUCACUUUCUGACCCAUCAGCUGCAGGGACAAAUCGAGGAUCUCGAGAAGCAGCGGAACGGGAGGCAACAAGUCCCGGAGCCCUGAGAGCACCGCCUCAGGCUCGAGUGACUGCCCACCUCCAGCCCCGGCCCGGUCCUGCGCGGAGACCCGAACACGACCCUAUGCAUGUGGAAUUUGAA